AUGCGACAUGUACCAGAGGCGUUGCCCACACCGAAUGACCAGGGCGUAAAAUGGACCGGCAACAUCGACGUGACGCCACCACAUAUGAACAUCGUCAUGCAGAUCGUUGGUUCAAGAGGCGACAUCCAGCCAUUUGUCGCUCUAGGGAUAGCCCUAAAACAAGCAGGCCAUCGUAUCCGGAUCGCAACACAUGAGAUAUUCCGUUCUCUUGUCCAGGAUGUCGGCCUGGAGUUCUUUAACAUCGGUGGCGACCCGAGAAAAUUGAUGGCAUAUAUGGUAAAAAACCCCGGGCUUCUUCCCAGCAUGGAGACACUCCGGAAAGGGAGUAUCCAAGAGAAGAGAGACGACAUGCGCGAAAUCCUUGAGGGAUGCUGGCUGUCAUGUUUCUUGCCGGACGAUGGAUAUGGAGACCAGAAAGCAACGCCGUUUCUGGCCAACGCCAUCAUUGCAAACCCACCGUCAUUCGCGCAUGUACACUGCGCAGAGAAGCUGGGGAUUCCACUCCAUCUAAUGUUCACAAUGCCAUGGUCGCCCACACAAGCAUUCCCCCAUCCUCUGGCUAAUAUUCAGUCAUCCUCACUAGAGGCGAAGAUCACAAACUACCUUUCUUACAUGCUCCUUGAGGAGUUGAUUUGGGAAGGACUGGGAGAUACGAUCAAUGCAUUCAGACACAAGACUCUUGGGCGCUUGGGAAUUCCAUAUACAUACUGCUGGUCUCCCGCCCUGAUUCCAAAGCCUGAAGACUGGGGUGCACGAAUAUCUGUGUCGGGGUUUUAUUUCUUGCCAUUGACUUUAGAAUAUACCCCUCCUGAUAAUUUGCAGACCUUUCUCACCGCCGGGAGUCCGCCAAUUUACAUCGGAUUCGGGUCAAUUGUCAUCGAUGAUCCGAAAUCCCUCACCUUGCUAUUGUUAGAGGCUGUACGGCUCGCUGGUGUGAGAGCUGUAAUCUCAACAGGCUGGAUCGGCUUAGGUGGCGUAGAGAUGCCACCUGCAGUAUGUGUAGUAGGGGACUGUCCUCAUGAUUGGAUAUUUCGGCGUGUGUCCUGCGUGGUACAUCAUGGAGGAGCCGGAACCACAGCCGCGGCGAUUGCAGCUGGAAAGCCAUCAGUCGUCGUGCCUUUCUUCGGGGAUCAACCGUUUUGGGGCAGAAUGAUUGCAAGAGCAGGAGCAGGACCCGAGCCAAUACCAUUCAAGGAGCUCACAGCCGCCAGACUUGCAGCCGGAAUCAAAGACGCUCUCGGGCGCGCUGUGCGGGAAACCUCACGCACAUUGGGUGACCUUGUCAAUGAGGAGAACGGGGUCCAGGUUGGCGUCAGUUCUUUUCACCAGCAACUGGAUCUAUCAAUGUUGAAAUGCUCGCUUACUCCGAUGAGUGCUGCGACGUGGCGAGUUCGCAAAACCGAAAUCAGACUUGGCUCAACCUCCUCCGCGCUUUUAAUAGACAUGGGUCUACUUGAUCUGGACAAACUUGAGCUGCUUCGAUCCUGCGAUUACAAUAUCAAUGUUGGACCUAGGGAUCCUGUAUCUGGUGUCAUUCUAGCGAUAGUUGAUUCAGCCGGCUCAGCUAUUAAAGGGUUCAAGUACAUCGGUUCUUCAAUAAGCAGGAACUUCAAAACGAACUCAUUCGCCCCUGGAGAUGGCAACUAUUUCAGGGAUUCAAGAGCUGGCACUUGCCUGAAGGGCAUCGGCCUGGCCUCAUCAAGUCUGGUGCGUGCCCCGGUCCACGUGGGAAUGGCGCUCACACAAGGGCUACAUAACGCCCCAAAGAUCUGGGGAGAUCGCACAGUAAGGAGUCUUCAGAAUGUGCACGAUUUCCCCAGUGGACUUAAGGCUGGUUGCAAGGUAAGCAUCCUGCAGUCUCAGUGUGUGAAAAAGGUUGAUUGA